AUGAAACGACAGAAAAUUGCCGCCAGCUGCGAGGACGCGUCCUCCAUCACAACCACCGCCGAUAUGUCCGCAGAGAUUGGUGUUUUCGAUCCGGCAUGCAUACCAGUUGACAUACUACCGCUAAUAUUUGAGCAUCUCACCGAUCGACGAGAUCUCCACACUUGUGCUCGACUGAGCAAGACGUUUCACGCAGCAGCGACGCCGAUACUGUACCGCAGCCUUGAUUCGCGUGUACUCAAGUCACGGACCGGAGGUUGGCCGGUAAUCCUUCAUCCAGCAAGGACAUUGCUGGAGAGGCCCGAGUAUGCGAAAUACGUACGGCAAGUCAGGUUGACAGGAGCCAUGGGCACUGCUAUGCCAGAGCUCGUGCGCGACUGCUAUGAAGCUCUGCGACUCUGCGUAAAUCUCGAAAGCUUCCGGUGGAUCGACGACAGUUCGGUUCUGUUGAACGACGAGGUCCUACUCGGUUAUCUAUCCAUCCUGCGCGACGUGCCCAUCAAGCAGCUUACUAUCCGCACGUACCUGGGGCUCAGCGAGGAUAUCUGGACGAGGCUGAUCGAGUUCCGCGGACUGUGCGAGGUCUCGAUUUGGACCAUGGAGGGCCCGCCGCGCAUCUUGCAGGGGUGGUCGGAGAAGCUGGGCCCGAGCCUGACGCAUCUCGAGCUUGGACGUUGCGCCGGCGUGCCUGCAUCGAUCCUGGUAUCGGUCAUCUCACACCUCCCACACCUCCGGUCGCUGCGGCUCAAGGGCGCGCCGACGAGCGCGAUCCUCGAGAUCCUGACGUUCCUGCCGCAACUGGUGAUGCUUGACACAGAGUACUUUGGCUCGGGGUUCUCGCGCUACGUCGACGUGCCGGUGGCAUCGCUGCGCGAGCUGACCGUGCGCACAAGCUCGGUGGACGUGCGGGGCCCACAGCAGUUGUGGUCGUGGAUCCAGUCGUUACUGCCGCGCCCGUCCCUUGAGUCAUUCACGCUGAACGCAUUCUCAACGCAAGGCGACGCCGCGGUGCCACGCCAGUUCCUGCUUACGCUUGUAAAUAUGCACAAGGAGACGCUCAAGACAUUCACUGCGGACUCGGCGCUGCUCACGCUGGACGACGUGCGGUGCUUGUGCGCGUUAUUCCCUGCGCUGGAAUCGCUGUCGUGCUCGAUUGCAUGGUGCCAGGAUGCAAGCCAGAUCGAGGAGGCCGUAUCCAACGGGCUCAAUCUUCACCAACUGCGCUUAUACACCAGCUGGGUGCCUACUAGAUAUGGCUCAGAACGGGUCAAAGUUCCCUUCACGAUAGAGGAUGCGCGCAAGAUGAUGCUACGUGAUCAAUCUCGCUUGAGGGUCAUUGUUAUCGGGCGCGACAUGUACACAGGGCGCUGGGUACAGAACAGUUCGCGUGACGGACUUGAGUUUGAAGUGAUAUGCGAUGUUGUGCAUGAUUCAUGA